AUGAAACGAUGCAAAUAUUGUGAUAGUGGGAGUACGAGAAACCAAGAUACUGUGAAUGCAGACAGGAUCAGUGAAUUGCCUGAAGCUCUGAUUCUUCAGAUACUGUCUCUGCUUCCUACAAAAGAAGCCAUAGCCACGAGUGUUUUGUCUAAACAAUGGCAGUCUCAUUGGAAGAUGCUGCCUAAACUCAAGUCGUUGCUUUCUUACAAUAAGGCUCCGGUUUUAAAGAGUUUGCAUCUGAAAAUUUGUUUCUCUAUAUGUUCUACAAUUGAUAUUGGAAUCUUGAUUGGAAUUGCUCUGUCCCGGAAUGUGCGUAAGCUGGUACUAGAAUGUUCACUUGGGAAAGUUUUCAAAUUUCCGAGAUGCUUAUCGUAUAACUGUGAAACACUAGAGACCUUGAAACUCAAGUAUUCGGCUCGUAUCGAUGUCCCUUCUUCGAGACUGUCCAUAUUUGGUAGCAGGCGUGGAAGGCUACAGGGCUAUGUGAUAAAUGCUCCUUCUUUAAAAUACUUGAAGAUUGAAGGGAUUGUUGGUCAUGACUUUUGUCUGAUUGAGAACGUACCAAAGCUGGUGGAGAUUAAGUUUCCUACUGGUAGCAUCUUCUACCAGCUAGUAUAUUUGGAGCUACAUACAAAUAAAGAAGCGUGGUGGAAUCUACUUACACUCAUGCUCGAUAGUUCUCCUCAAUUGCAAUUCCUCGAGCUCAUUGAUUCUCGGCCAUUGGGUUCAAGAAAAGAUCUUGUGGCUCAUGGGACAUGGAACCAACCAAAUAAUGUUGCGGAAUGUUUGUUGCAUCAUCUCGAGACAUUUGUGAGGAAUGGUUACAAAGAGCAACUAGAAGAGGUGAUAGAGGUGGCGAAAUAUAUCCUCAGAAAUGCAAAUUGCUUGAAGGAAGCAACUUUCUCCAUAAUAGGCCUUAACUCAUACGAGAGACUUGAGAUGCUUGAAGAGUUGGAGAGUGUGGUCAGGGUUUCGAAUUCAUCAUGCAAACUUGUUUUGCUCAAAUAA